AUGCUUUCGAAGAAAAGAACGGCGAACAGCACGAAAUUGGACGAACUGUUGAAAGCGGGAGCCAGUGGGAAAAAACCGGCUGUGGACAUAGACAAGGCAAUAUCAUCGCCAGCCCAUCGUUUAGUGAAGGAAGCCAUUGCGUUCAUGAAACAGACAGCUGUUCACGACACUACAGAGCAGUACCGUAACUCGGGGUUCUCGAUACUGGAUCCAGAAAAAGAGCCAUUAGCCAUCAGUCGAUUGAAAAGUCUUGUGAUGUCGAAUAGGUUACCGCAUACUGUAAUGAGAGUUUCAACUCCUCAGAAUGGUACCAAGAAAUCCUUCAAGAAAGAGAAACGGAAAAAUCAUCGAAAGAAAAAAGUGCCGAAAGGGCAAAAGCCAGUUGAAAUGGCUCGAUAG